CAUAAUAGAAAAAAAGAGGGGAUGUGGUGUGCACUCUGUCUUGGAGAGGUGUGUGGGUUGACUGUUAUUUGACAGAAUGAAAGGAAAGUGACUUCUGAAGAAAUUAUUGACAGCAGCAGCAUCUUUCGAGGAUUUUUUGCCCCCUGAAGAAGAUCAUCAAACAACUGAGAGGAGGAGGAGCUGUUGAUGAUUUUACGUUGCUUGAGAGCAUGUUGGGCUUGGAUUUAAAGGGCAGAUACCACUGACCUCUCCUGAGACAGUGUUGGCACUUUUAAGGAUGAUUGAAAAGUGUUGAAGAGAUUUUUUUUUUUUUAAAGCAACAUUUCUUGUUUACUUGCUCGUACUUGAACUCUUACUUUGAAAUGAAUUUAAAUCUCUCCAAGAGAUAAUUGAUCUCCAAGAAAAACUUCAAUGUUGCUGAAUAUUUCAGGAUCAGUUUAAAGAUUUUUGAAGUUGACUUUUGGGGAUAUUAACAAAUAUUUCACUGUAUUCCUUUUUUAGGUGGAUAGUCAUUUGCACAGCAUUGUAAUUUAUGUGCAAAUAGUUGAGAUGUUCCAUUGAUUUUUGUUCUGAUUCUCAGAGGGCAAAUAACCAACAGAUCAACAAGUGAUUUAGGUCUUUAAACAUAAAACAAGAGGAGUGUAAGAAAGAAAGAGCGAUGGCACAGAAAGAAGGAGGAACAGAGCAAGCGCGUAUUAAAAGAGGGGACAAUCCCGGGGCCAAAGCCACUAUGGUAGGGGCCCCUACGGCUGGCGGGGGAAUUGUGGUGGAGGUCAGGGAGAAGAAGGGACCUCUGCGGGCUGCAAUUCCCACAAUGCCUUUCCCUGUGGCUGUCAUCUGUCUGUUUCUUAACACCUUCAUACCUGGACUUGGUACGUUCAUCUCAGCCUUCACUGUGCUGUGUGGAGCUCGCAGUGAGCUGAUCUCAGAGCGAGGGGUUUGCUGUGUGUUCUGGCUCAAUGUGGCAGCGGCUCUCAUCCAGAUCCUGACAGCUGUCAUCAUGGUGGGAUGGAUCAUGAGCAUCUUCUGGGGAAUGGACAUGGUCAUCCUGGCAAUUUCUGAUGGCUAUAGAGACCAGGGUUUUCCUCAGGAUGUUUGAGCAAAGUCACUCUCAUGUUUGCGGAUCAAUUCAUUCUAACAGUUUAACCUCCCUGACGCCUGAUGGGGACAGAGCGAGGCAAAGACAUGAAAAUGAAUAACCACAUGGAGAAACAAGGAAGAAAAGAUCAGCUGACAGAGAAAUCCUCUGAUUGAAGAUGCUGGUUGGCGGAUACCUAGCCAAAUUAAGAUUUGAAGCCGAAGAAACAGUAGGAGGAAAGAGAGACUAAACCUGUACAGUUGACUAUAAUACAUGGAUAAAAUAACAAGUGUUCGGUAUUUUGUUGAGUAAAUUAACUUUUUUUUUCUUUUGGUCAUAUUAAAAAGACUACAUGCCAGUAUAGAGCUGAAGAAGAAAGGACAAUAUUGUCUGAGACAAUGUGGAUAUUGCUUUAUAUUUGUCAUAUUGCUUUGUGGCUUUUGCAGCAAACAUUGUACAUACAGUAGAGGGCUGCACUGUAAAUCAGUGAUACAUUAUCAAGCUUACAACAGUUUUUAUAGAACAGGUUUAACCAGAGUAUCCAUGGCCCUUGAAUUAGCUGCCUGGUGCAGCUGCAGCGUAUUUCAGUGUCAAAAUAUGUUCCAACCAGAAGUAAAAAACUCGGACAAGUUUCAACAGAUGAUCUUUAGUUGUGUUCAGGCUAUUGUCAGGGUCAAGGGUUGGUAAAACUUUGGAAUUCAGUUAUUAACAACCAAUGAAGUUUUAGUCAGUUGAUAUUUAUUUCAUAUUAAUCAGAGCAAAUUGUUAAUAAAUAUUCAUAUAUUAAGUAUUUAUAUGGACACAUUCCAUGUACUUUUGCAGAACCAAAAUAAAUGUUCACAAUUAUCUUAAAUAUCUCAUUUCAGUUUCCUAUAAGGGCAAAAUUAGAAUCUAUGGUUAUAUUACAUACAUGUCAGAUGAUAAUAUUAACAUUUGAUAACCUUUAAUUAUUAACAAAUGUGUAUUUUAGACCUGCCCUGCACAUGGCCAUUUAUUAUUCUACAGAUUCUAUUAAUCUAUAUGAAGGAUUUUUCCACUAAAACUUUGUUCUAGCAACCCAAUCCAUAUUAUACAUAGUAAGUUCCAUAUUUAACAAGACAUGGUAAUUCUCCAUUAAAUCACCAGCACAAAAUAUAGGAACCAACUUUGGACCAAUUAUAUCUGAAGCAUCUGUUCAAACCAUAAAUAGCUUGGGUGCCUAAUGGUCUGUAUUGUAAAUGAUUACAACGUGAUCUGCAACUUAUUCAUCAGUUUAUAGAUAAAAUUGCUGCCUGUUUCUAUGACUUCAGUAUUUUAGUUGUUUCCCACAGUAUCAAAAUGACUCACGCCUCCUGAUGAGAAAUGGAUUUGUUUCACACCUCUUAAAUGUGUAAAUCAGUGUCAAAGAUAUUACACAUUAUUAUCUAAUCGACAGUACCCACUCAGGGGGAAGCAUAGUCAGCACAGAGUCUGUCACAUCAUGACAGAGAUACAGUUACAGUAAAGUUGGUGACACUAUUUUUGUUGUUUGAGUAGAUUUUAAUAUUCAAAUAAGAACUUGUUAGGUAGAGUUUACUUUUUUGUGUGUCCAUUAUUAAUGUGUGGGUGUUUUAAAUAGUGAUGGAUAUGGAUAUAUUGUAUUGUCGCAGUGUUACUAUGUAAGAGGGUUUGUUGGUACAACAGCAUUGGCACAGUUGAUCCAAACAAAGCCUUGACUUUCCUUUGAUACCACAGCAGAUAUCUAAUGAACAGUAACAUCGGAUUCGAGUAACAAAAGUCAAAGAGCCUUAAUCAAAAAGAAAUAAACCAGCUAGCCUUAGACACUACACAAAUGGGUAAUGAUGUAUUAAACAGACAUAACUGCAAGUUUGCUUGACGUAAGUGCUCAGCUGAACAAACCGGCUGAGAGUACACCUCAAACAGAAACACAGAUUUUUUUCCUCUCUUGUAAAUCUAUCAAAACCAAUGCAGAAUUUGUUGGACAAAAGAGAUACAUUUAUUAACAGUGAAUUCCUACUACUGGUUGUGCCUCUACAUAAAUCAAAGUGCAUAAUUCAAGAUGUGCUUUAACUGUCUUCUGCAUUUUCUUCGAGUUGUCUUCAUUAUCUUAGCCAAAUGCCUUUAAUAAGAGUGUUGCUGUAUUUUGGUGGAUGAUGUUUUCUACGUUUAGAUUGUGUUAGUGUUUUAGAGAAAAAUAGAUGAUGAUGACAAUGAUGAUUUCCAUACAUGUGAUGAUGUUUUUGCCUUAAAAAUGACCAGGGGUUUUUGUAGCAGUCGUACUUAAGUUUUUUUUCCCUUUUUUGUAUGUUUGGAUGUGAUGUAUAGGUCUUAAACAAUUGUUGUUUAUUGUAAUCAAACUUUCAGCCCUUAACACUGAUUCUGCUUUAAGUUUAAGGGGACAUAUACAAGUUGUUGUAUAUUUUUUUUGUUUAUUGUGGUGGUGUAUUAUAUUUGUGAAUGUAGGAGGAACAUACUGCAGUUGUAAUGUACUGUAAAUGUACAGUUCUCUGCAUGUAUAGCUCUGAUGUGAAUUCACUGUAUACACUCUCACACAAACUCUACCAUUCUGAGAUUAUAGCAUAGUUCUGUGACUCUGCAAUAAUAGUUUUAUUUUAAGCUGUUUGAGAUCACUGAUGAAUUCUUGCAAUUAAAAAGAUUUGGUUCUAA